AUGGAUAUUCUAAGGUUGUUUCUCGGGUCCAUUUUGGUGAUCGGUGUUAGCGGGACACCGCCUAACGUAAAUCAACCCCGAUCAUUUUUCGUGUUUGGUGACUCUCUAGUCGAUAAUGGCAACAACAAUUUCUUGGUCACUUAUGCACGGGCCGACAUGCCGCCUUAUGGCAUCGACACUCCGUCACAUCGGCCAAGCGGCCGCUUCUCCAAUGGUCUUAACAUCCCCGACAUCAUUAGUGAGCAUUUGGGAUCCGAACCCGUUUUACCGUACUUGAGUCCAGAUAUGACGAAUGAAAAGCUUCUAAAUGGCGCAAACUUUGCCUCAGCAGGAAUAGGAAUACUCAAUGAUACUGGAGUUCAGUUUGCAAGCGUACUUCGGAUGUCUGUACAGUUAGCGUACUUCAGAGAGUAUCAAGAAAGAAUAAGUGGUUUAAUAGGUGCAUCUCAAGCUAAAGAGCUUGUAAACAAAGCUCUGGUCCUUGUUUCAGUUGGUGGUAACGAUUUUGUGAACAACUAUUACUUGACUCCUUUCUCUGCAAGGCGACGCCAAUUUGCUCUUCCUAAUUAUGUCACCCUCCUCAUAUCAGAGUAUCGCAAGAUUAUGAUGACAUUGUAUGAAAGUGGAGUUAGAAGGGCAAUUCUGUUGGGUUCUGGACCACUGGGUUGUGCACCAGCAGAGAUAGCCUUGCACAGUUCAAAUGGUCAAUGUGCUACCGAGCUUCAGGCUGCAGCUGAUUUGUUUGAACCACAACUCGUUAAACUGGUUCAAGAGGUUAAUGCUCAAUUGGGUGAUCAUGUUUUCAUCGCAGCCAAUACCAAACUGAUGCAUCAUAAUAUCAUCACAGAUCCUCAAGCAUUCGGAUUUGAAAACUCAAACACAGCAUGUUGUGGGCAAGGACCAUUCAAUGGGGUGGGUUUAUGCACCCCAUGGUCGUCGUUGUGUGAGAACAGAGACAAGUUUGUGUUUUGGGACGCCUUCCAUCCGACGGAAAGAGCGAGUCGAUAUAUUGUAGAACAGAUGAUUAAUGGUGCAGAUGAGUACAUGAAACCCAUGAACAUAAGCACCAUCAUGUACCUAGACUCCAACAUGUAACAUGUUGGGUUGAAGCUCA